GUGUGUGUCUGUGUGUCUGUGUCUGUGUAAAGUCAGUGUAUGUGCACAUGUGAGUGUGUGCAGGUCAGUGUGUGUGUACGCAUGUGUGCAUGUGCGUACGAGUUUGUCUGUGUGUGAGUUCAUGUGUUCACAUGUGUAUGAAAGAGUGAACGAGUGAGCGUGCAUGUGUGCGUGCUUGAGCAUGGCCAAGGAGCCCUCGCGCAGGUGCGUGCUGCUGGGGGUGUGCGCGCUGCUCUGCGUGGUGUGUGUGUGCGUUCACGUCUACGUGGAGCUCACCUGGCGUGUCGGGGACCGACAUCCCCGCGUGUCCGCUGCUUCGCCCGUGCACAAGCCCGUCAUCCCGGCGACCCUGAGGAGAGUGGCAAAGGACGCAGUGGGACCCAGGCUUCACAGAAUGGGUCCCAGGUGGCGUAUAGGGCUGCAGCCGUGGGCCAGUGAGAAACACAGCCUGGAGGAAGAGGCCAAAAGAUUCCUGCACUACAUAGCCACACCACAGGUGCAGUGUAACUCUGUGUGGGAGUCGGAGCGUUGGAGUGUGUGUGAGGACGAGCGGUUCAGCCUGACCCAGCGCAUCGCAAGCAAACACUGCAGAGUCUACUCAUUGGGUCUGGGUGCUGAUGAGCGUUAUAUGGAGCGUGCACUGGUGAAGCGGGGGUGCGAGGCCCACUGUUUCGACCCCAGCAUCCCUGAGCCGCACCUGCAGGAUGGCGAGCGCCUCUGGGUGCACCGGCUCUCGGUGGACUGGAGAGACCCCAACCCUGCCAUCUCAGCGCAGCGCUACCACGGCAACACCAAGAAGCUGGCCACCAUACUCAACAACUUCGGACACCAAGAGGUGGACAUUCUCAAGGUGGACAUGGAGAGUGCCGAGUGGAAGAUUCUAGAAAACCUCAUUCUGGAAGGAGUCUUGAGUUCCGUCGGCCAACUGCUGCUGGAGGUCCACCUGCACUGGGCCGGGUUCGAGGUGAGCGGGGAGGAGCAUGACGUGGUCCGCUAUUGGUUCAGCCUGCUGAAGGAGGUGGAGCUCGCUCACUUCAGCCUGUUCCACAGCUGGUCGGACCCAGACAGGCCCCGCCUCUUUCUGCAUAAGAACCUUUGGAACGCCAGCAGCGUCUACAGGCUUGGCUGGGUCAACACGCGAUGGAAGUAGCUUUGGCCAAUCACAUCACACAUCCCACAGAGUAGGGAUGACAAAGUUGUUCAUGUAGGACCAGCCAUGGAUUGGGCUGGAUUGGACUGAUUAGCCUCUUACACCAGUUCAUACCCUGGCAAUGCGACAGCUUUGUCAUCUCCAGCGAUCCAGAUGGAACUGUUGUAGCCUUUUGGAAGAAAGAGGAAACAUAUUAGCUAACAUAGAGGCCACAGAACGAAAGUCCAGUUAAGUCUACAGUACAACUGACGUCUUUUGACUAGCAUGGCCUUGAUGUAUGACCAUCUUCACAGACAUUAGCUUCAGGUGAUGAGCAAAGCAGUUGAACUUCCACCUUUCAGCCUAGUGUUGGCCAUGGAUAUGAUUGGAAAAACAACAAUGAAAAUGUGACUAUGGGACAACUCAACACUGCCUCAACCCUUCAUUUUGUGUCUUCAUGUGAGACAAGUGGUAUCCUGAGAAGAGAAGUGAUAACAACGGGGGGCCUCUGACCCCCCCUCCCCCCCACACACUCUCUCUCUCUCCCUCCAACAUCUUGAUGCCAUGGACCACCAAAGAUGGUGGUGUCUGGAACUGGAUUUCUCAGAGGGGUUUGGUCUUGAUACAGACAACCAUCUGAACAGCGAACAUAGGAGGGACUAGGGAGGGGCCACACAUUUUGAUUUCACCCCUCGAAGAAGUCAUAAUUUGUCAAUGUCAUAAAUACAUUUAAGCGACUGGAUAAAAUAGCAUGUGUGCUUCAAAUUGCAAAGGAGUUCACCCCUUCAGUUUCUCAGGUCAGCAGUUGAAGACCCUCUGUACAAACGAAAUUAGAACCAGGGGAUGGUAAAACCGGCCUACCUUUUCGCUCACAAAAUGAUCAAUUUAGUGGGGGAAAAUGAGCCUAAUGACAUUAAAUGAGUCACAGUUUAUUUGUUUCAAUGCUGAUUUACUUUCAUUUUGUUAAUUAUGGUAAUGUCUUAAAGAAAUUUGAGUGGAUUUUUGUUUAACAUCCCUAAUUUUCUGAUGCGGCACCCCCUAGCUGAUCAGCGCCCUUAGCAUUUGCUUAUACUGUCUAUUUGGACGGGCUGGCCCUGUGGGGGACCCUCUAAUGAUGACUACAAAAUUACACUGCCGAAAGAUAUUUAGAAAGAUACUGAAAGAUACCUGUACUGACCCUCCCAAUGUUGAUGUGAAGUUGCCUCCUACAGUAUGGUCAUGGAUGCUUGGUACUGUACUGUUCAUUUGCCACACAAUUGUACAAACUGUGCUCCAGACAACCUCUAAUAGGUGGGACUCACUCGCUACACUCUGACAUUUGACAUUUUUUUCAUCAUAAGUGCUUUCCACCUGUACAAAGAUUAACACACACACACACACACAUACACACGCACACAGAUGCACACACAGCAUCCUAUUACACCUCACCACAGUGGUUUCUUGUGCCAGACAAUCAAACCUAUUCAGUGGACUGUGACUGAACCCAGGUGUCUGCGUGUGCGUGUGCGUGUGCGUGUGCGUGUGCGUGUGCUGGUGUGCAGUCUUGGCUUCAGAUUGUCAGCUUGUACCGUAGGAUUGACUCUUAUUUGCAGGCCCUGACUGUGCCUUGGGAGAAAGCUGCUGCAAGGUUUUUUUUUGUUUUGUUUUUUUAAGUCUGUUUGUAUCAAGCCUUCUGUAUAUCCCCGGUAAAGGUAUCCACACUAAAGCCCAGGGAUUUCAAAAGGGAUGACUCAUGGUUUCACACACACACAGACACUACAUUUCUAAUUAUGGGCACGAACACAACCACACACAAACACUCGUUUUAACUCAAUGUGUGUGUGUGUGUGUGUGUGUGUGUGUGU